UAAAGUUCUGGGAUGUGUUGGUAGUGUUUAGAAUAUGAAUGAAUACAGUCGAACACACGCUCUUACGCUUACACUAUGUAUAAACUGACAUCUUCAUCUGCUUUGCUGUUGAUAUAAAUAGACCGAUAUUUGGCUAGACGUGGCAUGAUAUCAACAUCCAGAUCUGCUAUACCAAGAUCCAUGCCUAUCUGUGGCAAUCAGGCCUGGCAGCUGACAGCCGCACAUCACCGGCAUCCAUGGCCAUUCACCCGCCGCUCACUUUGCCGUCACUUGGUCGCGGUAUUUCAAAACGCGUUGACGUGAACGUGGACGAGCCCGUGCUUUGUUUAUUUACAUCGUUCUCGGCCAAUCACCUUUGCGUGCGCUGCAACUCGAUGGCAACUUUGUAUCAGAGGAGCUCAACACCAUCGCUUCACUAACCUCCCCCUUCUUUUGCUCAACCACAAUCUUCCAUACUUUGUCGAAACACGCAGCCCAACAACGAUCAACGAUGCAAGACGUUUCUGGCGAGUUUACUGAAGAGCAGGCAGAGUCUAUUGAUUCUUGGAGACACUCUGUGCCCAGCCGCAUGGAGCGCGAGGAUCCCUUUAGCGACGAUGGCUUCACGGCUCGGCCCAGCACGCGCGUGACAUUCCGCGAGCCAGAACGCCCAAUGCGCCGCCCUUCCACUUCUGCUCGCCUGGCCUUUAUCCGCGCCGCCAUCCCCAUCCCCAUCUUCCACCGGCGGCCAUGCACCUCCACCGACCUCGAGGGACCGCUGAUUGAGCCGGAGGCCAAGAACCCUCGGCGCAGAGGCCUGUUUAGCCUGUUUAGCCGCAAGAGAAAGCACCGCAGCCCGUCGCCGUCGGCGUUGCCGCCUGUUCCGCAGGUGGUGCUGGAUGUGCCGCUGACGAUUCACUUUUUGUUUGUGGGGGCCAAGACGGCGGGACAGACGUCGUUGUUGUUCCGUGCUCGCUAUGGCCAGUUUAUCGAUUCCAGCGCCAUUGCUCGCACCUGCUACGAGACAUAUGACACGUCGGGCGCGCCGGACCUGAGCACGGUGGAGCGGCUGUCGUAUGUGCAGUGGGACGCGAUAUUCCUGUGCUUUGACAUUCAGCAGAAGCCGACGAUGCACGCCAUCUUGCAGUGGUGGUAUGAGGCUGUGCAGGGAGGCUUUCUCGCCCAGCAGCAGACAGAGGUGCUUCUUCACCUGGUCGGCUUGAAGAAGGACGUUCGCGACAAGUGCACGGAUCCGAGGCACAGAGUGGCGUGCCCGUUUGACUCGGACGACUUUGUCCCGUUUCCCAGCUGCUGCGUGAUUCCAUCUGACGCUGCAUGGCAUGCGAGACGCAUCCGCGCUCAUCGAUAUCUCGAGUGCUCUGCCAUGACGGGCGAGGGAGUCGAUGCCAUGCUCGAAGAUGCUGCGAGAGAGUCUACUAGGCGGGCGCUUGAGAUGGCGCAGUAUAUUCAAAUGACGCAGGGCAACAAGAGACGCAUGUUUUGA